GUUUCCCAUCCCAUCCCCAAGCAUAACAAUCUUUUACUUGUUGCUUUUCUCUUACCAUGGCUUCUCUCCCCGCCAAACUCAUCCUCUCUCUUCUACUGUUACUCGGCAUUGCAGCUGCGCCACUAAAAGCCCAGACCCUGAAACCCAAACCCAAGAAAGAGUUUGAUUACUUCACCCUCUCUCUUUCUUGGUCUGGCACCAGGUGUUUGAAUGUUAAGGAGUGCUGUCCCACCAAUGGCUGCUGCAACCCCGACAUUGGAAGUGAAUUCACAAUCCGUGGAUUCUGGCCGGAUUACAAUGAUGGGACUUGGCCCGCCUGCUGUAAUGGUACCACAUUUAACGAAAAUGAUGAGAUCGCACCUAUAAUGCGACACUUGGAAAGGUAUUGGCCAUCGUAUUACUGCACUUUAUCCUCUGCUUGUGGCAGUCCCAAAGGAUCAAUUUGGGCUUAUGAGUGGGUGAAACACGGAACAUGUGCCUCCCCAGUAUUAUCAACCCAAUAUACUUACUUCUCCACGGUUCUAUUGUUUUACGCCACUUUAGAUGUUACGGGAACUCUGUCGAGAUCUGGAUAUGUAGCAUCGGACUCCGCUGAAUAUCCAUUGGAAGGCAUCACUUCAGCCAUUAAAAAUGCUUAUAGGGCAACCCCAGUAGUGUCAUGCUAUGGCAAUGCUGUGAAGGAAGUUCAACUAUGUUUCAAUAAGACGCUCGUGCCUCAAGAUUGCCCAACUACUGAAAGUGGGAUGCUCUCUAAGUCAAGCUCAGGUGAAUGCCCUUCAAUUGUCACUUUACCAAUAAAGAAUGUAACACCGGCGCCGGAGAAAAUGAACCACCUUUCAUUCCGCGGUGUGCUGAAUUCGUAGAUCACCAAAUGCGUGCAGACUAUCCCUUGACCUCUCAUCUGCUCAAUAAUAUAAUGUUAUGAGUUGUUGUAUCAUCAAAAUCUAUCAAAUCAUCAUCCCAAUGUAAGCACGCUCUUGUAAUGAGUGUUGUAAUAAUAAAUAAGAUCAAGGGUUCAGUCAUUAAUUAAAUACAACUACUUUAAUUUUGA